GUCUUUCGUGGAUAAGCUGCAUAGGGUGUAUAGGACAUUUACGACCCGUCAUCACCCCGCCAAUCCUCAUGUCUGGCUCUGGCGGCGCAGAACUCCCCGACAGCACAGCCCAAUACCUCGUCUCAACCUCUCUAAUCGUCUCCGGUUCCCUCUCUACCAUCCAAAUGGCCCGCUUUCACAUCUAUAAAACCCCCUAUUACCUCGGCACGGGAUUGAUUUCCGUCGUGGGCACCUCCUUCGCCACGAUUCCCGUCGCCAUGGGUGCGUUCGCGCAGAUGUACGAGUCCGGCUACUGCCCCGUCGACGAGCAGGGAAACCAUCUCCCCUGCCCACAGGGAUACGGCGCCCUGCUGGCAACAUCAUGUCUCUGCGCCUUGCUUGAAAUUGGCCUUUCAUUCACGAGCGCUCGGUAUCUGAAACGGCUCUUCCCGCCGCUCGUCACGGGCCCCACGGUCUUACUCAUCGGGAUCAAGCUCAUCGAGUCCGGCUUGCAGAACUGGGCGGGCGGCAGCGGCUCCUGUGUCUCCCGCCCCACAGAGGGACCUCUCAUGCUCUGUCCCAGCAACGACGCCCCGCACGCGCUACCCUGGGGCAGUGCUGAGUUCAUUGGCCUAGGUUUCCUCGUCUUCCUCACCAUAAUCCUCUGUGAGCGCUUCGGGUCGCCCAUCAUGAAGUCCUGCGCCGUUGUCAUGGGUCUGUUUGUGGGCUGCAUCGUGGCGGCAGCGACAGGCUACUUCGAUCGAUCGGCCAUCGACUCCGCGCCUAGCGCUUCGUUCAUCUGGGUACGUACCUUCCGCCUGGAACUCUACCCACCCAUCAUCCUGCCCCUCAUGGCCGUGUACAUCGUCCUGAUGAUGGAGGCCAUUGGGGACAUUACGGCAACCUGCGACGUGUCCCGGCUGGAUGUUGAGGGCCCAAUUUUCGACACGCGCAUUCAGGGCGGGGUGCUUGCGGAUGGCCUAAAUGGGCUGAUCGCAGGCCUGUGCACCAUCACGCCCAUGUCCGUGUUCGCACAGAAUAACGGUGUGAUUUCACUGACUCGCUGCGCGAAUCGAAAGGCGGGUUACUGCUGCUGCUUUUUUCUAGUGAUCAUGGGAAUAUUCUCCAAGUUCGCGGCGGCGUUGGUUGCGAUCCCGUCCGCGGUGCUGGGAGGGAUGACCACGUUCCUGUUCGCGUCCGUCGCUGUUUCCGGUAUGCGUAUUAUAUCUACGGUAAAAUUCACGAGGCGGAAUCGGUUUAUUCUAGCAGCUGCGUUGGCGUUGGGAAUGGGGGCUACGCUUGUGCCGAACUGGUUUUCAUUUGUAUUUACCUACAAUGGGGACAAUAAGGAGAAGCAAGGGUUGCUUGACGCGGUUGAGCUUGUGAUGACGACUGGGUUUGCGAUUGCGGGCUUUAUUGCGCUGAUUUUGAAUUUAGUGUUGAAGGAGGAAGAGGAUGAGGUGGAUGGGGAGGCGAUUAAAAUGACUAGUGAACCUGGGAGUGGGAGCGGGGAGGGGGUGGAGGAGGAAGAGGGCGUGAGGGGGAAAGGGGUAGAGAGCUCUGACCAUCCUUCCCACAGGCUGAACGACGUGGAAAAUGCGGCAGUGAUUAAGAACGAUUGA